AUGUCUCAGCACUGGCUUGAUCGUUACGCCAGCGGCUUUCACGCGUGGCAAGACACCAAUUCGAACGGCAGGCGGGUCUUCAGGCGAAGGAUAGGCGUGGUAGAAUCAGCAUUUCACACCGAUGGCACCGACUAUGAGGGAAGGGCUGAUGUCAAUGCCUUUCUGAUACUCGAUGCCCGCAGCACGUUGAGCGCCGAAUCGCUACGCGAGAGAGUGCUUCUUGCCUGGGCAAGCCUCCGAUUGCAACAUGCCCUCCUGCUUGCCAAAGUAGAGUGUCAGGCUUCGGGGGAUUGUUUCGUUAUUGAGCCACCGGUGGACUAUCCAGAAGCUCUGGCAACAGCAGGAAACCAGCUUGUCUUCAUUGAUGACCAUUACUUGGAUGCGGAUGCCGAAGACUUCUACCGUCAUGCCCUCAAUACCGGCAGAGUACUGGAUGCUGAACACUCGCUGUCGCGGCUCUUCAUCCUGCCGCCAAGGUUCUCAGAAAACAAGACAGACCAGUUCCAGGCCAUACUGAUAGCCGCUCACGAGAUCACCGACGGCCUCGCCAUGUACAAUUGGCAGCAGCACUUCAUGCGCCUCCUGAACGCCUCGAAUGGGGACCUUCAGACUAGUAUAGAGCAGAACAGACUUCCCGAACGGUUAUGGGCCUGCCUACCGCCCGCCCAAGAAGAUCUGUAUCCCCCUGUCGCAGGCAAUGUUGCCAGACAACGCUGGUACUGGGCCAUCGUCCGGAUACUGAGGCAUGUUCGCAAACCGCUGCCUCAGGGGCUCACGAAUCCUCUGCGAAGGGACCAAAGGUACGACACUGCUACAGAGAUGCCACCGAACUACGCGGCCAUUCUCAACUACUCACCGAACCGCAAGCCGCCACUAAACACAUUUUUCGUUGGCCUCACACUGCCACAAACCGCUUCCCACCGCCUCCAACAGCUUGUGCGAGACGCAAACGCUAGCGUAGGCGCUGGAUGCUUCGCCCUCGUAGGCCUCGCGAUGAUGGAGCUUUACGAAAAGCAGCACCCCUCAGUCCCGCUAGCGGAUCGAAAACCGUUCGUAGCAGCGUUCCCGCUGAACCCAAGACCAUUCUUUGGCUACAACGGCCCCGCCGACUCUUGCAUGCUGGCCUUCAGCGACGGUAUCGUCAUGCCAUUCCUCUCUUCCUCCUUGCCCGUUGAGGGGCGCUUCAGACUGCUGGCUAAGAUUGCACAUCGACAGCUACGCAUAUACCAGAAACGGCUUCGAGAUCCGGAGCUGAAUCUGGGCAUGAGUUCUCACAAUCCCGCGCGCAUGAUCGCGACGAACUACAUCGCAGCGGUUGAGCGAGCUGAGACAAAGCUGCCUCCUGAACGACGUACCGGGAUGAAUCCACAGGGCGCGUAUCCGGCCACCUAUAACUUCGGCAGCGCAACCUGCGGUGUCAGCUCGGUGGGCUCGGUAAAGGACUUGCUGAGUCCGGGCAUGUUCGACUUGAGCAAAGAGCCGGAGAAUGGGUUGGUGGCGGAUUACCGAAGCCUGCGGUCAGUGGUGAGAGCUAGGGAUAAUGAGUUUCUGGUUGGGAGUGCUGGCGACAAUACUGGCAUCCACUUUUUUGUAUCCUAUGAUGGGAAUGCCGUUCCUGAGGAGAAAGCUCAGGAGUGGAAGGCGAAGAUGGAGGUGUUACUCGAGCCCGGGGAGAGAUCGAGGCUAUAA